GUUCUGCAAAAUAUCAGGAUUAUAGAUGGAUGUUCUCUUCUUCUAAGCUUACUGUUUAAAGUUAGUAACAGAAUCAUUGAAAUGUGGGGCUAAAAGAGGCUUUAAAGUGGUCUCUGUCUACUUGUACGCCAGUACACUGUGCGUAUUAGUUACACCUGCAUCCCAAGUCAUGCCUGCUAGGUGGCUUCCCUGGUCCAUUUGUGAAAACCUGUAGCGAAGGAGAGAGAACUACACAUAUUUUUCUGCCUUCAUAUUAAGGAAUUUUUCCCUGUCAUCCAACUGAAAUAAUCUGUGUUUGAAAGCAACUUUAUUUCUGCUCAUCGUUCCUGUAGAGGAUAUAAGGAACUAUUACUACCAUCCAUUGCAAUAACCAAAGAUUAAAAAGAGAGUUACAAUGAUUCGUGGCAGUCUGUUUUCUUGACUAAGCAGUUACUUCAACCCGUCCUGAUACACUGUAUUUUCUGCCUCAUGUCACUUUUAUUCCUGUUUUCUAGAAUCCUCUCAGGACCUUACCCGAGAUCUGGUUUGUGCUGGAUAAAAGUGAGUGGAGCUGAGUGAUCACCUCUCGGGAUGUUGCUGCUCCAUGAGAAAAUGGGGUUUGCCUUUUUCUGCAGCACCAUGGCACUGCUUUUUUGUCUUUGUACUGCUACUGUAGACGUUUACAUCCAGCUUUUUUUCCUCAAUAAAAAGACUUCGUAGCUUUUACAGUACUAAGCUUCAAUUGCUAGUUCGUCAAUGCUAGUAGCUGAUCAGAGUAGCAGUUUUGUUGCCAGGCUACUUGGGGACAAGGUGGUUUGUUGGGGCCCCAAAAAUGAGCAAGAGUGGUUCGGCUGUUCCUGGAGUUAGUGAAACCAUGAAGAAAUCCUCAGGGACAGCGAGCCAGCGCCUGGGCACGCCAUUUCCUCCCAGGUGCUCUGGGAUUGCUGCUACGUGAACACCCCGUGAAAAAUACACACACACACGAAGAAAUGAAGGACAAGAAAGCAGCUAAUAUCAGUAAUACCACGGCCCCGGGAGCCGCGGCCGCCUCCGGGCCGUGCCCGCCGUUGCCGUGGCGACCGUCGGGGCCUCCCCGCGGGGCGAAGCGGCCCGGCCAUGGCGCUGCCGUCGGCCCACCGGUGCCUGCAAGUGAGUGGGCCCCGCCUCGCUGCCUGCUCGCCCUCGGAAGGCGCUGCCGGUAGCUUCGGGGGCUGGUCUGGCGUUGAGGGGCUCUCGGUGCUCGGCCCCUGCUGCCUGAGCAUCGGCUGGUGACGGGGCUGUGGCUCAGGGGCAGCCGGGUUUGGGCGCUGCUGCUGGCGGUGUUUGGGUCGGGGGUGGAGCUGCCGGGCUAGGUUCAGCAAGUGUGCGUGCAGCAGUUCUCCUCAUGACACUAUGGAGCAGUCUUUCAGCUUCAGUGACGCUAAAAUGAAGAUAAACCUCAGUGAUGAAAAUGAACGGUUACUCAAGAAGCUGAAAAAGCUGCAAACGAAAAAUAAGGAGCUGGAAAAUAAUUUGGCUCAGAUUCAAGAAAAACUGCGUCUGCAGCAGUUAAUGCGUGACUAUGUCACGAACAGGGAUGUUCAGGUUCAAACAGAAACACACUUAUGGCAUAAAGGUGGAUACAGCAAGGAUCUUAAUCUAGAGGGUGAAAGUGUCAGUCUACUACAGAUGUAUAAUAACCUACAGAAGCGUUUUGUUAAAGAAAUCAAAACAAACCAGGAACAAAGUGAAGCAAUUGCAAAUCUCACUAUUAAAAUUCAUGAGCUAGAGCAUAAUCUUCAAGAACAGAGGCAAAGAAUUGAGCAAUUGGAACGUAAAAAGGUUUCUUGGAAAACCGGUGCUGUUUCUAGAAAAAGAAGUCAAACUCCAGAGAAGGAAGUAACGUCUUGCAAAGACGUAUCUAAAAAGAAGGAAUCCUGUUGCACGAAGUAUUUAGAGCUGUUGCUGAAGGAGAUUAAAAAGCUGAAGAAAGAAAAUGAAAAGUUGUCUACAGAAAGGAGAACACUAAAAAAUGAAUUAGCUGGAUUAGACAAGGAUUUUUUUGAAGAGAUAGAAGAUCUAAAGCACGCAGUACAGGAAUCUGUCAAACUGAACAACCAGUAUGAAAAGUGCUUGAAACAAAUAACUGUUAUGUAUGGACUUCCUUUUACAGCACAUUUGUAACUACUAAUUAGUCUGAUGGCAAGUAGGUUUUCUACAUGUUUUUCAUACUUACUGCAACAUUGAAACCUAACACGGUUCAUGUAGUACCACGUUUUGAUAAUGCUAUGAGUUCAAUAAUAUGAUCUAAAUGUAGCAACCUAUUCUGAUUUUUUUUUUUUAUCUUAUGUAUUUGAUUUUGUUUAUAUAGUUUAAAAAUAAAAAUAAACUGUGGUCUGUAUAACUUCAA